AUGUCUGAAGAGCUAAAUUAGAAAAUGUGUGUUGAACAUUCUGAAGAAUAUGUAGCAAUUGAUAAAAAAGAAUAAGAUCUAAGUAAGAGGAAAAAAUGCUUAUAAUGCUUAAUUCAUCGUUCAGGAAAAAACAAAAUAUCAAUCAAAGAUUCUAUCAAAUAAAUUUAAAAAUUAAAAGAUGUACUUAAGGAAGAAAGGUAAAAAUAACUUGAAAAGAAUAUUUAAUCUUUAAAUGAAAUAUAGAUUUAGAUAGAUAAUUUAAAAGGGGAAUUUUAAAUAAUUUACGAUGAUAUUAAAAACCAUUUAUAAAAAUGGAUUGAUUCAUUUAGCAAUUUAGAAAAAGAAAUAAAGGAAAGAUUAGAAUAAAGCAAAGAAAAUGAUUAUGAAUUAUUUUUCAAUUAGACUAAAAUUGAAUUUUAGAAUACAACUAACACUUAUAAUUUAUUUAAGCAAGGAUUACAAAGUAAACUUGUAAAUUUGAUUUCAAUGCAAAAAUUGGAUCUAUGUAAUGAUAUAAUAGGGAAUAUUAAUUGUAAUUUAAUAGAAUUUGAGAAAUAUGAUCAAAGCUAAUCUUCUGAUGAUGUAAUAAAAAAAAUAAUAUUAUUAUUAGGAAUUAAAAUUUAAUUGCGAAUAACAUUCUAAAGAUAUAACUUUACUUGAUUUAGGGUAAGAGAGAUCUAGCUAAAAGCGUGUUGCUUGUUUGUAGUGUUAAGAUGAAAUGCCAAAAAUAGAUUAUAGAUCAAUUAAUUUUGCAAAAAAAUUAUGGAAAUAAAUUGAAAAAGAAAGAUUAGAAAAUAUGAAAAAAAAUGCUGAAACUUUUGAAAAAAAAGUAUAAACUAUAAAAAAUAGUUUUUAAUCAAUAUAAGUAGAUACUAAUUUAAUGUUUAAAAACGCAAAUGAAAAAUUUGGAGAUGCACAAACUAAAUAUUAAAGGAAAUAAGAUGAAUUAAAAUCAAAAUUUGGAACUUAAUGGUCAAAAUUAAAUAAAGAAGAGAUUAUUGAAAUAUCUUUGUAGAUAAGCUAAAUGAAUAAACCUAAAAUUUUUGAUGAUCCAAUUUUUGAUGAAUAUUAAACAUAAGAUAAUUUAAUUGAAAAACUUGUUAAAGAUACUGUUCUUAAUUAAAAAGAGUGUUAUAUUUAAAAAUUAAAGGAAAUGAGUCAAUACUUAAAAAAAUAAACUAUUAAUUGCAUCUAAUAAUUUGAUCAAACACCAUAUUAGUUUAAAUCUUUCAAUUAUUAAUUAUUUGAAGAAAACUCUAUUAAAUAAAUAGAAAAAUGUUAUUCAAUUGCUCUUAAUAGAAACAAUUCAGUUUUAAUUGCUGGUUGUGAUUCACAAAUAAAAGUUUUCAGUUUUAAUUAAGGUCAAUUAAAAUUAAUCUAAAUACUUGAUAAUUAAAUUUAACCUUUAAGUUUGGUUUUUUUGAAAAAAAAGGAUUAUUUUAUAUCAACAAGUGAUAACAAUACUGUUGCAAUAUAUUAAAAUGAAAAAAAUGAUGAAUGGAUUUGUGAAUAAAAAUUAAGUGGUCAUUCAUAAUAGAUUUUUUGUUUAAAAAUUCAUAAAAAUGAUGAUUAUAUUAUAUCCGGCAGUUAAGAUAAAACCAUUAAAUUUUGGGUAAAAGAUGCAGAAUGGUAAUGCUAAUAAACAAUAGAAGAACAUACAGAAUCAGUAUUAGAAUUAAACUUAAAUGAACUAUAGAAUUAAAUUAUUUCUUGUGGAUGUGAUAAUUUGAUAUUAGUGAUUAAAUAGAUAGAGCAAGAAUAAAAAUGGAUUAUAGUCUAAAAAAUUAAACUUGAGAAUUAAGGAAGAAGGUUAUGUUUUAUUUCUGAUUCUAUAUUUACAUUUUAACCAGAUGGUAAAAACUAAAUGUUUGUUUAUAAAUAGACUAUUGAGUCUGAAUAAUAUACUAAAAUAAAAGAAAUUAGUGUAAAUGGAUGUUCAAAUAACGAACUUUAUUUUUUUCCUUAAUAAUAUAUAAGCGAAAAAGCAAUUCUUCUUAAUAAAAAUGGUGAUUAUAUAAAUCUAAUAAAAAAAAGAGAUGAUUAAUUUUAUUUGGAAAAUUCAAUAAAUUUUCAUACAGAAUCUAUUUUUGGUUAUUUGAGUUAUGAUGGAUAGUAUCUUGUGACUUACGAUAAUAAAUCAUAAUAGAUAUAAGUAAGAAUUUAUAAAGAAAUGUGA